GCCCGCCCUGCCCCAGUGCCCGGCCCUUCCUCAGCCUCAGCCCCCUUCCCCGAUCCCUCUGCAGAGCUAUGCGGGUCUCACCUUGCCCCGCGCUGCUCCUGCUGCUCCUGGGGGUCCUGCGCCAUGGCGGAGCCUCAGGUCUUCUUGAGCUCUCCUUGGGAAAAUUCAGAAAUGUGCUACUUAACCAGACCAAUCCAGUGGAGGCUGUAAUCAGGAACAUUGCCAGCAACGUGACUGUGGUUAUUUUUCAAGUGCAUGCCCAGCAGAAUGAUGUGGUGAUAUCCUUUGAUAAGACUCCACUGGUGAAUGGCUCAGGAAUUGGAGCAGACAGAGGGCUGGUGUCCAUCCUUCGGCCUGARCAGACCAUAUGCACAUGGUACCUGCGCUCCCUGGAUGCUGGCCAGGUGCUCAGCACUGCCAUCUCUAUUCCCUACAUGGAGAAAGAUCCUAUUCCUGGGGGCUGCAAUCUAGAAUUUGACUUGGAAGUGGAUCCAACUAUUUACCUGGACUAUACGUUGGUUGAUAUACAAAUUAAGUUUGCCCCUGCAAACUUGGGAUAUACCAGAGGAGCAAAUCCCCCCUCCUGUGACUCGGGGACUGGUCAGAACUCGCGGUGGCGGCUGCGCUAUGAUGUGUACCGGUACUUCCUGCCAGAGAAUGACCUGUCUGAGAUGGUGCUCAUGAGCCACAUAAGGAAGAUGGCUGAGGUGCAGAGUAUCAAAGCCAAUGGCAUUAAGAUGCUUACGCUGACAGCUGAUGACAAGACCAAUGUCUACUUCUCCUCACUUCCUGGACAAGGUGUGAUCUACAAUGUCAUAGUGUGGGAUCCUCUUUGGAACACUUCUGCUGCAUACAUACCUGUGCAUACAUAUGCCUGCAGCUUUGCUGACCUGGUGGAUAACUGCUCUUCUCUCAGUAAACUCUCUACCAAAGUAUUCUUCACUGUUUUUGCUGUUCUUGGUCUUUUCACCUGCUUUUUUGGACACAGAUUCUGGAAAACAGACUUAUUCUUCAUGGGCUUCAUCGUCUCAGCGUUCUUCUUCUUUGUAUUCAUCACAAGGAUAACUGGCCUUAGUUAUGAUGUGCGUCUUAUUUUGACRGCAGUGUCUGGAAUUAUUGGAGGUCUGCUCUUGGUUGUGAGCUGGUGGAGAUUUGGCUCUGUCCUGCUCAGCAUGUUUAUUAUUGGACUUGUGUUGGGAUUUCUCUUCUCAUCAACCCUCUUCUUUACUCCACUAGGAGACUACAGGGUCUUCCGGGAUGAUGUGGUGUUCUGGGUGACCUUCACUUGUGUAGCCUUGUUGAUUCCAGUGCUUUUUGUUGGCUGUCCAAGAAUUCUGAACAUCCUGGCCUGUGGAGUAGUGGGCUCUUACACGGUGAUUCUGGCUAUUGCUUGUUACGUCUACACAAGCCUUGCUUACAUCACCUUAGACCUGCUCAGAAGGGUCCUCAACAAUUACUUCAAUAGAGCUUACACCAAUGUGCCUUUCCAAAGGAAUGAUUUCAUCAUCCUGUCAGUGUGGGCAAUGCUGGCCCUCAGCGGGGUCACUGUGCAGCUCCGCCGGGAGAGGAGUGAGGUGCCUUUCCCACCACAUCCCUAUCUCAUCUGGAAACGGGAAAGGGAGCGGAGAAGCACCAAUGUCUUAGACCCCAGCCAUCAUAUCCCUCCUCUGAGAGAGAGGAUCCACAACAGGCUGCUGCAUAUUAAAGAGCUCUUCCAGAAGAACCAGCCAGCCGGGGAGAGAACUCCACUGCUUCUGUGACUUGCCAAAUAAAUGGUGGGAACAGAGAGGGAGGAUUUGGGAACGGUGAGAUGAUGAUUACCAGCAACCAGCCAGUGGUGCAGGAUUUACCACUGCUACUUUGUCCUGCUGAAUAAGAGAUUGCUGUUUGCUCAGCUUGGCAGAGCAGUAUCUGUCCAGUACACUACAUGCUGUUUGUGUCUCCUUCAUGGUACACUCUGCCUGCUGUAACCUGCUUGUGUCCAGCUGCAGAAUCCUGUACUUGUGGCCAAGGACAGGGAUUGAUCCUGUGGGGUCUACUUUGCUGUUGGGGUACGUGAAGUAUCAAACAGGCCUUGGAAAGCAACCUACUGCUUGUCCCCUUUCAUGUGGAAACCUCUGCUGAGGCAAUGCCUGACAUUACUUAGGAUGGGCAGCCUGUCCAGCUCUGAGGGGAGGGACAAGGACUGGAGUUCUGCCAACAGGAACUGAGCAUCUCCUUCUAAUACAGGUACAAAAUGUGUGGCUGCAGACAUACAGGUUUCCAAGAAGUGUUACURAACCUUGCAAGCUGAACUGAGGGACUUGAAUUUAAACUGCACUGAGUUAAGUGUUGUAUGUGUGCACUGUGGGGCUCAGGAAUGGGGAGUGAUCUGAGACAAGGUGAAUUUUUCCUUUGCUUUUGGGUGGUUCUGUGGCAAAUUGGUCAUCUGGUCUCUGCAGAGAUGACUGCURAGAGAACACAAGAGGUUUGUCUCCCUGUUUGCUUUCUGAACAGCCUCUGUCUUGUUUCUGCUCUGAUAUAGUUUUUUUUGAUGGUGCUGUCAUCAA